GCACCGCCUACCGUCAGAUUAUUGGUCGUUGAUUCUGACUGAUUGGAUUUGGACCAAUCAAGAUUCAUCCAAUGCUGACGACAGACUGCAGCGCGAACUACUGACCAAUUGCUGUGUGAAAGAGGUGUUUCCUUUGCUAUUUAUUCUACUGUUCAGAACAGGGCAAGGCUCGACUGACGCAGAUCACUUCUCUCCGGCUAGUUUACAAGGAGUCAAUAAGGAUUUGCUGCCAAGAUGUCUAAAGAUGUCCCACGUGAGCCGGAGCAGCUUCGCAAGCUGUUCAUUGGAGGUUUGAGCUUCGAGACCACAGACGAAAGCCUGCGGGCUCAUUUUGAGCAAUGGGGGAGCCUUACAGACUGCGUGGUCAUGAGGGAUCCCACCAGCAAGAGAUCCAGAGGCUUUGGCUUUGUUACAUACUCGUCAGUGGAUGAAGUUGAUGCUGCCAUGUCUGCCCGCCCCCAUAAGGUUGAUGGAAGAGUUGUUGAACCUAAACGAGCAGUUUCCAGGGAGGACUCAAACCGGCCAGGUGCCCACGUAACAGUGAAAAAGAUCUUUGUCGGGGGCAUCAAGGAGGAUACAGAGGAGUCACAUCUUCGGGAUUAUUUCACACAGUUUGGCAAAAUUGAGGUCAUCGAUAUCAUGACUGACCGUAAUACUGGAAAGAAGAGGGGCUUCGCUUUUGUGACCUUUGAUGAUCACGAUUCAGUCGACAGGAUUGUCAUUCAGAAAUACCACACAAUCAAUUCUCACAACUGUGAAGUGCGGAAGGCUCUCACAAGGCAGGAAAUGCAGACUGCAGGAAUGGGUAUGAGAGGAGGUCGCAGCAGCAGCGGUGGUGGUGGUGGAAGGCCUUAUGACUAUGACAGAGGCUUCAAUCAGGGUGGCAGGGGUAGAUAUGGAGAUGGUCCUUACAAUUGCAAUGGAGGAGAUGGUGGUGGUGGUGGCGGCGGUGGCUAUGGAGGUGGUCCCGGUGGUCCUGGAGGAUAUAAUAAUGGUAGCAACCGGGGGUAUAACCAAGGUUACAACCAGGGCGGUGGAGGAGGCGGUGGAGGCUAUGGAGGAAAUGGAGGUUAUGAAAGCAAUGGUUAUGGUAACUGUGGUGGUGGGGGCGGAGGUGGGGGCGGCAAUAACUACAACAACAUGGGCCACUAUGACCCCCAGGCCUCAAACUUUGGCCCAAUGAAAAACAACUUCGGAGGUGGUGGUGGCGGCGGCGGCGGUGUUGGCGGCAGAAACUUUGGUGGCUAUGGAGCUGGCUCAAACAAUGGUGGAUAUGGCCGUUCAGGAGGACGAUUUUGAAAUGUGAAGAAACUCACUACAUGGUCUCGAAACCCUUGACUUCAUUUCUGUGACAAUGGCUCAGGUAAAAAUUGUCAAAACUUUGCAGAUCAUUCUUUUUCUGAUGUUUUCCACUUUAUUUAACAGAUAUAUGUUUUCACAGGUUUUCUGAUUAAUCAUGUGGGUGCUGGAAGACUUUUUUUAAUUUAUUUUUUUAACUGAAAACUGCAGUGUCUUUUCUUAAUAAAGUGUUUUUAUAAGGUACUCCAGUGUGGUUUCAGUUAAUUGUAAGAGCAGAACAUGUUUGUUGAUGCAUGUUAGUUAUACCCACAUGAAAAUGUAGCUUUCACUUGAUAUGCUUUCAUUCGGCACAAUCAAGGCAGUAUACAUUCUCUCAGGAUAUUGAAAUAAUAAAACUAUC